ACCCGUGGAUAGGAUCCCGAGCGCGACGAAGCGGCGCUCCCUUCGUGCCCUUCUCUCGCGAUAGCGGCGGCGGCGGUGACUGGAACGAAGGGGCGGAGGGGACGGCGGCGGCGACUCGACGGUGGCCGGCUGGAGGAGGAGAGCUCCUCGACGACGCGGACGCCGCCCUUCCUCGACACGGACGCCGCCACGGAGCCCGACCAAAUCCCUAGCCGCAGGCUCAAGAUCGUUCCCUUCCCCGCCUCCGACGCCGGCCGGUAGAAGGUUAAAACAUCGUCGUGCCACAUAAAAGGCUUGCUGUAGAAGCAGUCAGGAUGAAGAUCAGAGUUGUUUGCAGGAAGUUGUAUGAUUACGUGAGGUAUGAUCUGAAAGAGAUCGCCUUCCCGUCUUCUCUGCCGGACCCUCCGGGCACCAUACGGCGUCCCAAGCUCACGCUAAAAGAAAAAUGGUGCAUCCUCAAGGAGGCCACCAGGCUCUAUGGGGCUUCCUGGGUCAGGGACAUUGGUCCUGAGCUCAGGCCAAACGACUACAAGAAGGCCAAAGAGGAAUCGGGUCCCACCAGCACCAAGAAGGGGAAGAGUACUGGUGAGCCUACCGUGCUGGAGGAUCUCGCGGUGGCGGCGAGGGGUGGGGCCGAGACCCUGAAACCCGCGCUGCGUCGCAUAUACAUGACCCGUGCCUCGACCUACACGAGCGCGGUGAAGAACUAUGUGGAGACCUAUCAGGAAGGGCUGAAGGAUGUCUUGGAUCAGAAGGUUGCUGCAAAAGGUCAGCAAAGCAAUGAGCCGACGAAAUCAUCUGCAUCGCCCCCACCACCGCCACCGUCGUCAUCAUGAGUUUGUUUGAGUUCUCAAGGAUUUUUUUAAAUAAAACCUGUAGCUUAUCUUCUGUAUGUAGUAGAUCAGAGUUGCCGGCUGUGUGGUCGGAUACAACAGACAGAAAUGCUUUGCUCAUUCCCCAAACAUUUCAUCGUGAGUAGAUCUCUGAUCUUGUUGAUCUGCUGGUCUGGAUUCUGUGAAGUGUGAACUCUAAUGUGCAUGGUUCCUAUGGUCUUGUUUCA